UUAUGGAUACCUUAAAGAUCUUGACGCGAUGUGAAGACGAUACGAGCCCAUGUUUAUCUCAAAGAAGCACUGCAACUCUUAUAUCCAUCAUAUGUUUGAUAUCAUGCAUCCUCGAUUUAGCGUUUAGUGAUAAAACUUUGGAAGUAUGCUGCGAGAUGAAAGAUCACUUGGAAUCGUUGAAAUAUGUCUUGUCUACACUGUUUAAGAUAGCAAACAUGCUGCUUCUAUUAGGUUCUGUUUUUGAGAGUUCGUUAUUGCUACAAAUCUAUUUAUGGUACUUACUCGGGUAUAUAAUCGUCAGCUUCGUGGUUGUGAUCGUAGAUUUGUGUUUCCGUAUCAAGAACGAAGGACGUUGGACGUUUGUGACUUUUGUACCAGAUGUCAUAUUUUUAUUUGUUAUAUUCCGAUGCCUGCCACUUGUGGACCAAUACAAGAAACAUCUUGAAGAACUUAAAACUACAUGAAGGGCCAUUUAAACUGUAAUUAUUAUAAAAAAAAUGUAUUUUUCUUAUGAACAUAAAAAGGUAUAUCCAAAAUAAAAUCACAAGUUGUUUUCAAACUCAUUUUUCGUUUAAUAUUUUUGUACUAUCUACUAUAUACAUGUGAAUAUUAAAUAUCUAGAAAAACGUAUAACAAACGUAAAUCUAACGUGGAACUAAAUAUAAAACAUCUUCGCCAAAUCGGACUUAUUAUUUAAAAAAAAAAAAAAAACUUAAAAUAGGCAUCCAAUAUAUGAAGCCAUUAAUAAUAUAUUAAAAAUUAGAAUUACACAUUAUAUACAAUUACGCAAAAUAUGCUCAUGAAAUAAACAAGUAGCAAAAGAUUAACCAAUACAUGUUUUGUCUCGCUCUUGCUUACACAACAAUAUAUACAAGAAAAGGACAAAACAUGCUCUAGUAUCCGAUUACUACCAUUUAUUGAGAGAAUUGUAAAAUUCAGCAUUUUAUUAUGACUAAUUUCAGUAUAUUUUUUUGUAUAACAAAGACAGACCAAUUUAAAUGUUAUAUUAUACUCAACAUAU